UUAUACACUUGCCUCUUAAGUAAGCCACGGCAAUUGAAACGAUGGCAAGUAUUCUAUUCUGUUUCCUGGGAAGUCUUCUCCUCCUUCAAACACUUGAAGUGCGUUCAAAGUCAAUGGAAAGGAUUGUCAAUGGUCAGCAGGCCGGAGAAGGACAAUUUCCCUAUAUUGUCGCCCUUGAAUUGCUGCUAAACGAGACAUCUCUCUCGUGUGGCGGCAGUAUAAUAGCAAAUGAUUGGAUUCUGACUGCAGCACAUUGCACCCAGGAUGCACUACGUGUUAUUAUCUAUUAUGGAUCAAUUGAAAAAUCUAAGGCCCAAGUUGUAGUUGAAGUCCAAGCAAGUAGCAUCAUUCAACAUCCUAAAUAUGACAGAACAGUUUUAACGAAUGAUAUCUCAUUGAUACACAGUAAAUGGGUAGAGUUCAAUGAUCGCAUUCAAAGGAUUUCCUUGCCAAGGCCUGAACAGUUUGGCGAAUCAUUCGAAGGUCAAUGGUCACGAACUGCGGGCUGGGGUUCGACUUUUGAUUACGAAGUAGUUAAAGUUCCUAAACGAUUGCAGUGGGCGAACUUGCAAAUUACCCCCAAGUUUUUGUGCGAAGUAACGUAUUCACAUGAUGCAAAUAUUACAGAGAAUGUUCUUUGCGCGGGCUCACCAUACCAACAAUCCAGUUGCGUGCGCGAUUCUGGAGGACCUCUUGUUCUUAUUAAGGAGAAUAUACUUGUAGGUGUGACUUCACACGGUCACUCAAGGCGUUGUAGGCUUGGGUUUCCAAGUGUUUAUACCAGAGUUUCUAAAUACUUGGAUUGGAUACGUGAAAAAUCGAAUGUGACUUCUUAAUUUCCAAUUCGAUUUCUUACAAAUUUACAAUGAUAUAUAAAGAUAAAGAAUAAAUAAAA